AUGGCAUUUCAGUCACGGGCUAAACCCUUGCCAUCAGGGACGGUAAGGUACUGCCCUCCCGAGUACUUUGAGAAAGGCGAGUACCACGGGAAGGAGGCAACAGUGUGGUCGUUAGGCGUGCUGCUGUUCGCUAUGAUCACUGGCCUUUUCCCGGACAGCAUCGAUAUCGGCCUCAUGGACGUCGACGCCUGGUCCCAUCCGGGCAUCUCAGAUGGUGAGAAAAAUCAUUACAGGACGAGGAAGGAUAGCGGCUUUAUAAAAGAUGGAAUGAUGGACAUUGCAGGCAUCUUUCCGAGUUUACAAAGCAGGUGUGAACUGAUAAUCAGACAGUUUUCCCAACGUUUCUGCACAGAAUGUUGCCAUUUCAUUCGAGGUUGCCUGAAGAGCACCCCAGAACAGAGGGUUCAUUUAGAGGAGAUGCGGUUCCAUGACUGGUUCAAGGUACUAAGUCUAAGCUUAGCUAAAACCUUUGCCUUUUUGUAG